AGCAUUUAUGACCUGUGUUUAAAUAUAAUUGUACGAUAAAAGAGAAAACUUACGUUAAAUUGUAAUUGUAAAUGUAACCGUCCAAGUUGCAGUUUCGGUUUCGAUAUAUUUCGAGAGACGCGGAGUCGAUAAAGUUUCUGAGUCGAUGUACGAGUCGGUAAGGUCGAUCAACUGCAACAGUCGAUCGUGCAUAGUUGCGUGUGUGCAGACUGUACCGCCGCUUCGAGCAGCCGUUUUAUUUACUAAUUGGAGUGCCGAUGUACGGUAGGAAGCGUUAAAUGUGCGUGGAAAAUGUCGAAUCCGGGCGGUAGCAGGAGGAAUGGGGCCAUGAAGAUUCGUUUGACGAUUUUAUGUGCCCGUAAUCUUGCCAGAAAAGAUCUGUUUCGCCUGCCAGACCCUUUUGCUAAAAUAAUUGUUGAUGGUUCAGGUCAGUGUCAUAGUACACAUACGUGCAAGGCAACUUUAGAUCCUAUGUGGAAUCAACAUUAUGACUUGUAUAUUGGAAAAGAUGAUGGUAUUACAAUAUCAGUUUGGAAUCACAAGAAAAUCCAUAAAAAGAAAGGUGGAGGAUUUUUAGGAUGUGUACGAAUAUUGUCUAAUACAAUUCAAAGACUGAAGGAUACAGGAUAUCAGCGAUUAGAUCUUUGCAAAGCACAUUCAGAUGAUACAGAUGUAAUUAAAGGAGAAGUUGUAAUAUCUCUUUUAUCACGAGAUGGCCACAAUGGUGCUGUGAGUAAUACAGUGGGUCAUAAUGCUGUAGUCGAUGUUCUUGGAGAUUUGAGCUGUCCAACUGAUUUGCCAGAUGGAUGGGAAGAAAGAAGAACUCGAAGUGGGCGACUGUACUAUGUUAAUCACUAUACUAGAACUACACAGUGGAUUCGUCCAAAUGCGCGACCCACCAAUGGUAUAAUACCAACUACACCAGAACCACCACCAUUACCAUCUUCUGAACCUACGUCUCCUAGUGGCAGUGGUAGUCCACCUAAUAUAAGAACAGAAAGUCCUACUAGAAGUACAGCUGAAUGGAAUGGGGAUGGAACACCCAGUAGAACUCCCAGUAGAGAUAGUUCUGCUCCAAAUACACCAAGAAAUACACCAACACAACAGCAGAACAGAAAUCAACAAAAUCAACAUAAUACGAGAAAUGUAACACCUGCAUCAUCAAGGGAACGACGACCAGCACGAGCAAGCGACGAACAAAAUGGCAAUCAGAAUGGUAAUGUUAGGCCAGAACGUAGUAUUAACAAUGCUCAACUACGAAGACCGUAUCGAAGUAAUAGAAAUAGAAAUAGCAUAGUGGUUCAUAACGAGAGGAGGUACGAUCCUCCGCAACCACCAGAUUUACCUAGAGGUUAUGAAAUGAGGAAAACACAACAAGGUCAAGUGUAUUUUUAUCAUGUACCAACGGGUUCAUCUACCUGGCAUGAUCCUAGAAUACCUCGCGAUUUACCAGCCAAUGAAUUAGCAAAUGAACUUGGUCCAUUACCGAGCGGUUGGGAAAUGCGACAAACACAAAGUGGUCGUGUUUAUUUUGUUGACCACAAUAACAGAACUACUCAAUUUACUGACCCUAGACUGUCCAGUCAAAUCAUAAGCAAUUUGUUAAAUAGGCGACAGAAUAGCACAACUAAUCAAACUACAAGUAAUUCAAAUAAUUCAACUGCAGCUGCAAAUGAAUCUGCAGAAAUAGAGACACCUGUAUCACCAAGUAUUCAAAGCAAUAUAGUUCAACAAAGGCCAAGAACAGAAAAUGGAAGUAAUAAUAAUUCCCCAACAUUGGAAAAUACGUCGACUCAAAAUGCUCAAACUGUAUCAGAAUUGCCAAAGGAACUAAUGGACAAUGAGCUACUGCCGAAAUAUAAACGUGAUUUAGUAGCAAAAUUAAAAUGUUUAAGAGCAGAAUUGAAUGCCCUUCAGCCUCAAAGUGGCCAUUGUAGACUUGAAGUAUCAAGAAAUGAAAUAUUCGAAGAGUCAUAUAGAUUAAUAAUGAAAAUGCGACCAAAAGACAUGCGUAAAAGACUUAUGGUAAAAUUUCGCGGUGAAGAGGGUCUUGAUUAUGGUGGAGUAGCGCGAGAAUGGUUAUACUUAUUAUCGCAUGAGAUGUUAAAUCCACAAUAUGGGCUUUUCCAAUAUUCAAGAGACGAUAAUUAUACACUUCAAAUUAAUCCAGAUUCAGGAAUAAAUCCAGAACAUUUAUCGUACUUCCACUUUGCUGGCAGGAUAAUAGGAAUUGCCGUUUUUCAUGGUCAUCAUAUAGAUGGAGGUUUUACAACUCCAUUUUAUAAAAUGUUGCUUAAUAAAGCAAUUACUCUUACUGAUAUAGAAGGAGUUGAUCCGGAAUUACAUAGAAGUCUUACAUGGAUGUUGGAAAAUAGUAUAGACGGAGUGUUGGAUGCUACCUUUUCAGUGGAACAUAGUAGUUUUGGAGUGUUGAAAAAUCAUGAACUUAAACCAGGUGGUAAAGACAUUCCUGUAACCGAAGAAAAUAAAAAGGAAUAUGUACGUUUAUACGUAAACUAUCGCUUUAUGCGGGGAAUUGAACAACAAUUCCUAGCAUUACAAAAAGGAUUCCACGAAUUAAUUCCACCUCAACUAUUAAGACCUUUUGAUGAAAGGGAAUUAGAACUGGUUAUUGGUGGUUUAGGAACAAUCGAUAUUAACGAUUGGAAAAUGCACACACGGUUAAAACAUUGCACACCUGAUACGCCAGUAGUAAAAUGGUUUUGGCAAAUAGUAGAAUCUUAUGGAGAAGAAAUGAGAGCUCGAUUACUUCAGUUUGUUACUGGAAGUUCUCGAGUUCCCUUGCAGGGUUUUAAAGCUUUACAAGGAUCAACAGGAGCGGCAGGUCCACGAUUAUUUACAAUACAUGCUGUUGAUGCGCCAAGAGAAAAUUUACCAAAAGCGCAUACCUGUUUCAAUAGAAUAGAUAUUCCAGAAAGUUAUCCCAGUUAUCAGAAAAUGCUUGAUAAACUUACACAAGCAGUUGAGGAAACUUGUGGUUUCGCUGUUGAAUAAUAGGUAAAAAAAUAUAAUUUUAAUGCAUUAAUAUAAUAUAUUUGUUUUAUAUAAUGAGCACACUUUCAUAGUAGGAAAUAUUUGUCGACAGAUUUUGCUGUCGUCAAAUUAAAAAUAAAUUUUUGAAGUACCAAGAGAUGUUAUUGACGAGAGUAUGGGUAGUAUUAUAGAAUGAAAAUGUUAAUACAUAAAAAGUCAGAAAUAAUUCUGACAAUGUUUUGUACAAAUAAUUAAAUGACCUUGAUGGUUGUAAUGAUUUUUAAGUCAUUAUCGAUUGGUACAUUAUGUAUGUGAACACUCUUGUGAUUUACACACUUCGUCCAAGAACAUUUUAAUGAAUGGUUCCUCAAAAGUUCUGGUUAUAUUGGUCCUUUAUUAAACUAUUUAUUAUUCAGUGACUGAUAGAAAUGUGAAAUUAUAAUUUCAUUGAGGUAAAUAUGUUCAUUGGCCUAAAUUUUCAUUUUAUUUAUAUUAAUCGUCAUAACUCUAGGCUCAAUAAUUUACUUAUAAGAUCACUAUCAAAGAAUACUUCAUUAUCUUCAAGAAAUGAUAAAAAAAUAUAAAAAUCAUGCAUGCACAAAUAUGUAUAGAAAAUGAAUUCUUUCAUAUAAUGAAAAACAUUGUUCAACUAAAAAUACGCUCGUGUUGGUAUUUUAUAUUAAACAAAAAUACUAAAAAGUGAAGAGAACAAAAAGUAUACUAAUCAUUUAAGAAUCUCAUAACUUAAUUUAUACAAUGCAUUAUUUAUAAUGAAUUUUAAAUCAAUCGGACAAUGUAUUUCAUUUUCGAAAGCUUUCAAUUUCUUUUUGAUUAAAUGUAAUCACAACAUGCACAGUCAAUUAAUGAUUCCACAUUAACAAUCUUUCAAAAAAUAGAGUUUAGUAAAAAAUAGGAAUAUAUACUCAAAUUUACGCUAUUAUAGUCAAAUAUCAAUUAAAAAACAGUGUUGGGUAUUUAGUAUUUUAUCGUGUAUUAUUUCAAGUCGGUCAUGGUGAUUGAGGGAAAAAUACGAAAUAUAUGCAUCAUGACCUUAGAUGCAAGUGUCUUCAAUUGAAAUUAAUGAAUAUGAAAUACUUUUAUCAGUUAGAAAAGAUGGUAUACAUGUUCUUAGUAUUAAAAAUUACUUCUAUUGGUAUAUGGACACUUACUUCGAGGAAUUUUGUAACGCAAUUGGCAAGUUUUGUUGUUGCAGCACAACUUGAAUUGUGCGAAAAUCAUUGUUGCUUGUUUAGGAGCCAAUAGUACUGAAUGCGUUAACAAAAUGUAAAUAGUACAGUGUUUAAUAUAAAAGUAACACGAGCGUAUAAUGUGUGAGCCAAGUUGGCUUCGCACAAUAAAAACGCAUCAGUUCUAGGCUAAAUCAUAAAUUGUGUACAUUAGCUUUAAUUUAAAAAAAUUGAACACAUAUUUAAAGAGUUUAUUCGACGAGUUUGUGUAAAAUUAAAAUGGUUUUUACUCGAAUUGACUCUUUGUUGUAGUUCAUGAAAUAAUCUAUACUUUACUAUUAGCGCUUAGUAAAGCAUAGAAACACUUAUUUAUCGCACGAACCCUUUAGUCUUUAGCAUUUACUUUUAUUGUAAAAAAUAUCUAAUGGCUGAUAGCACUAAUCAUCAUUUCGUAUUAUUAUUGCAUUAUUGUAUUUUAUUCUGCACGUAACUGUGAUCAAACAUAUCACGAAAAGAGAAGAAAUAGUGGGAGACACCUUUACAGAUUUGUUUGGAUAUUAACUUAUUUACUCGUUCCAUUUUUUUUUUCAAACUGUAUACGUUUAUGUUUAUAUUCAUUUUGAUAAUUAUUUUGUUAAAAAUCUUUGUAUUUUAUAUUUAAACACAUAAAAGUAUCAUCCGUUUUACAUUUGAAAAACGGUCUGAUUACUUUGCUUUUGUAUCUUCGAAAGUUUUACUAUUAAUUUUAUUAAUUAUCAAUAAAAUUAAUAAUAAAACGAAGAUAUAUAUUAUUUUUUGCAUAUUUAACAGUAUAAUAUUAACAUUUAGACAUAGUCGUUUCAGUUUAAAAUGACAAAAAAUAUAACAGUGAUAAUUGCCCUACAUUUGAAAAAUAUUGUAAAAACAGUAUUAAUUGAAUAAUAUUGCUAAUUUAGGAAUAUUCAAUCAAACAAUAUUAUUCAUAUUUUUCUUACUUCUAUUAAUGUUUUAAGACAAAUUCAAAUUUUUAAUUUAAAUCAAUUUAUUAAGAAUAUAAUCUAUGUAUAAUAUUCUUAAAUUGAAUAUCUACAAGCACAAUGAGGGUCUCCCACAAAUAUUUAAGCUUUUUUCAACUUCUGUCACGUAUAAGGGGAAUAAAGGCCUUAUUAGUGCCUUGGAGUUGAUGUCAAUAUGAAAAGUAACAAAUAUUAUGCCAUCAUAUUUUGGAAUAAAAAGUAAUAGUGCAUGCAAAUUUAAGGGGAAAAGAAUGAUUAAUUUCAAAAACAUCUAAAAAUGUCACAAUGUAAAUUUUACAAGUGUAUGUAUAGAUUAUUAGAGAAUAAAUAACUUUAUAAUUAAGAAAUGAAUAAAAAUUGAUAAUAAGGUCACCAUUUAGGCAAAUAUUGCCAAAGAAUAUUUAAAUUAUUCAAAUUUUUAAAUAUUUAUUGAAUAUUAGAAAUCCUUUUUAAUUCAUUAUCUCUUGCUGUUAGGUGAAAAAGAAAGCAUAUAUAAAUAUAUAUAUUGAAAGAAAUGAUACAUAUAAAUAUUUUAUAAAUAAAUGAUCUACAAAUCAAUAAUGCAAUAAAUACUAUCUUGAAGAAGCUUCGAUAUAUUUAAAACAUGUUACAUGCAUGGAGAAUCAAAGAGAAUUUAAUAUAUAAAAUUAAGAUUAGUGAAAAGAAUAAUUCAUGUUAUAAAACACAUAUCACUAUGUGCAAUUGAAUUUUGGUUAAUUUUUCAUUGAUGCAAUAUAAUGCAAAUGCUUUCAAAGCUUUUCAACAGCCUAAUUACAUAAAGCUUUAGCAGGAGACAAUUUAAACAAGACAAGACAAAAACGAAAAGUACAAAAUUAAAAAAUGAUGUAAUACAUAUCAUGUGAACUGUCACAGCGACAUGAAGUCUCAAAUGCGAACGUAAUUUUAAUUAAAUUCAAUAAUUAUUAAUGCAUUACGGGUAUAAAUGCUCUCUUGAAUUGUAUAAAUGUUUUAAAGUUCUUAAUAAAGGUAUAUGGUGACCGAA